GAGACAGAAGGAGGUUUAGUAAGAAAGAGAAAACUCAGAGUGUGUGUGCUCUCAGAGUCAUGCCACUUGUCUUCUUUCUAUGUGUGUGUUUCCACGGCGAUGUCCGGUGAGCAGGCCUGUGCUGAAGCUCCGGCUGGUGCCAGGCAGCGACGCAGGAGCGAGCUAGAAGGCUAUUCGGCUUCUCUGGCUUCCCUCAAGCUCUCACCCAUGUACCCGGAGGAGGAGCAGCGCACGGCGGGGGGCAUGUCCUCCUCCGCUCACUACCUAGACGGGACGUUCGACUACACCGCCAACCCCGACGCCUCCGACUCGUCUGUGGAGUACUACACGGCGGCCCCGAAUCUUCAGGUGGCCCCGGAACCUCAGGAGGAAAACCUGCAGCCACUGCCUAACGGCUCCGGCAGCCCCUUGGUGUUCGUUCCCUCCAGUCCUCAGCUCUCGCCGUUCCUCGGUCAUCCUCCUGCAGGACAGCACACGGCUCCUCAGGUCCCGUACUACCUGGAACCUUCAGGAACCUCCAUCUACAGGUCCAGUGUGUUAACCAGCGCGGGAUCACGAGUGGACCUGUGCAGUGCCACCGCCAGACAGGACAUGUACGCCGCAGUGGGGACCUCGGGAUCGCCGGGAGCUUCGGGGACUUCAGGUGCGAUGGGGUUGGUAAAGGAGAUCCGGUACUGCGCCGUGUGCAGCGAUUACGCCUCAGGAUAUCACUACGGAGUCUGGUCCUGUGAGGGCUGUAAGGCCUUCUUCAAGCGCAGUAUACAGGGUCACAACGAUUACGUGUGUCCGGCGACCAACCAGUGCACCAUCGACAGGAACCGCAGGAAGAGCUGUCAGGCGUGUCGCCUACGCAAAUGCUACGAAGUGGGCAUGAUGAAAGGAGGUUUUCGUAAGGAACGCGGCGGUCGCAUCAUGAAGCACAGCAGGAGGCACAGUGGACUGAAGGAGCGCGAGCGAGGUUACUCGGAAGCCCAGAGCGGUCCUGAUGCCAGAGAAGCGCCUCCACAUGAGGGACGGAGCAGCUCCAGGGUCGGGGCAGGGGUAGCGGGCGUGGUGUGCAUGGCUCCGGAGCAGGUGUUGCUGCUGCUGUUGAGGGCGGAGCCGCCCACCCUGUGCUCGAGACAGAAACACAGCCGACCCUACAGCGAGCUCACAAUGAUGAGUCUGCUCACCAACAUGGCCGACAGGGAGCUGGUCCACAUGAUCGCCUGGGCCAAGAAAGUGCCAGGAUUCCAGGACCUGUCUCUGCAUGACCAGGUACAGCUGCUGGAAAGCUCCUGGCUGGAGAUUUUGAUGAUUGGUCUCAUCUGGAGGUCCAUCCAUUCACCUGGAAAACUUAUCUUCGCUCAGGACCUCAUCCUCGACAGGAGUGAAGGAGAUUGUGUAGAAGGCAUGGCUGAGAUAUUUGAUAUGCUGCUGGCCACCGUGGCCCGUUUCCGAGCCCUCAAACUCAAAUCAGAGGAGUUCGUGUGUCUCAAAGCCAUCAUACUGCUCAACUCUGGUGCGUUUUCCUUCUGCUCCUCCCCCGUGGAGCUCCUGAGGGAUGGCUUCAUGGUGCAGUGCAUGAUGGACAACAUCACGGAUGCCCUAAUACACUACAUCAGCCAAUCAGGAAUCUCGGUUCAGCUCCAGUCCCGGCGUCAGGCUCAGCUCCUGCUUUUGCUCUCACACAUCAGACACAUGAGCUAUAAAGGGAUGGAGCACCUGUACAGCAUGAAGUGCAAGAACAAGGUCCCUCUGUAUGACCUGCUGCUGGAGAUGUUGGAUGCGCAUAGGCUCCGCCCCCUGGGCAAAGUGCCAAGGAACUGGGCUGAUCGAGUGUCCUCUUCACCUACUACAACCACCACAACCCCAACACCACCACCACCACCUCCUCCACCAGCCAUCACCACAACAGCAGCGACUCCACAUGUCCUCCAGACGUUCAGUCCAACCCACCGCAUUCUGACCAGAGCCCCAGCCCAUAAAACAACCGCAGAGAAUAUAAUCAGAUAACGCUGUCCAUCAGACGCUGGUCAGUUUUAAGGCUGGAUUCAGUAAUGUGAAAGUGUCCUACGCUCUAAGUGACCAUUCUUUUCUUUUCUUACAGUCGUAGCCUCUGUUCAUCAUUUAUGGUUCGAUACGAAGCUUUGAUCCGAGAUUGUUUUAACAAUCUUUAAAGAUAAUGUCAGAGCUACGGUACAAGAGCAGCUCCAUUAACUGUAAUGGAAUUAAAUCUUAUUGCUGGGAGGGAAGGGAGAGAGAGAGAGAGAGAGAGAGAAAGGAGGGAAGAAGAUAGGAAGAAUGGAAGAAAAAGAGGAAAGAAGGAAGGAAGGAUGGAUGUGAGGCUCAGCUGUUCCUACUGUAAUAUCAUUUAAAUAGACUUAAUAAUAAUAAAAUUGCAGAGAUCCUUCAUCUUGUACAAAAAGGUACAAGAUGUUUUGGAUGGAAUUGAGGGCCAAAUGUAAGUAAUAAAAUUCGCUGUAACCAUGACAACAUACACUGAUCAGUGAUAACAUUAUGAGCAGUGAGAGGUGAAGUGAAUAAGACUGAUGAUCUCCUCAUCAUGGCACCUGUUAGUGGGUGGGAUAUAUUAGAGGCAGCAAGUCAACAUUUUGUCCUCAAAGUUGAUGUUAGAAGCAGGAAAAAUGGACAAGCGUAAGGAUUUGAGUGAGUUUGACGAAGGGCCAAAUUGUGAUGGCUAGACCACUGGAUCAGAGCAUCUCCAAAACUGCAGCUCUUGUGGGGUGUUCCUGGUCUGCAGUGGUCAGUAUCUAUCAAAAGUAUCCUUUAAGUCCUGUAAGUAUGGAGGUCCCACCUAACAAUUUACAGGAUUUAAAGGAUCUGCUGCUAUCAUCUUGGUGCCAGAUACCACAGCACACCUUCAGGGAUCUAGUGGAGUCCAUGCCUGGAUGGGUCAGGGCUGUUUUGGUAGCCAUAUUAGGCAGGUAGUCAUAAUGUUAUGGCUGAUUGGUGUAUAUAAUGAGUCAGUGAAUUAAGAUAAGAUAAAUAAAAACACACAUGGGGAAAGUGGUGUUCUGCAGGUCCUCAGAGUGAUCCCUGUUCUGAUCAUACAAAUGUGUGUACAAAUUUGCUCCUUUGGCAGAUUUUUCUGCCAAAACUUUUCUUCCAACUUGAUAAAGUUCAGGAGUAGAAAAUGCAGAUGUUUUUUUUUUUUAAUAAGAGAGAGAGAUAAAAAAAAAAGGAAAUAAAUCUUAGUCAUAUUGUAUGUUGCUCAUCCUGACUGUAAUCACAUCGAUCAGCAUGAAUUCGGUUUAAUUUAACUACACGGCUUCAACAUUCGGUAUUCGUUUUUCUUAUAUUAAUGAAGGCUCUAGACUCUAAAAGAAGCACGAGGGAGAUGAUGGCUGUGUUAGCUCUUAGCUCUCGAAAAUAAGUAACACCUCUGAUGAAGAUGAGCCUUGUCCAAUCCGUCCGAUCUCCUCUGUGUGGAAAAAAAAAAAAAAGGUUUUAUACUUUCAGGUAUCACAAUGUUCAUUUCUGUGAUGUUUUAUAUUUACAUCAGAUCAGACCUCUUACUGAUCCUAAAGCUCACACAAACGUCCUGGAAUCCUGAAUCCGAUCUAAACCGAGACACACCUCAGCUUGAGCCCUGACCUCACAGAAACCAUCCUGAAUCCGAUCUAAACCGAGACACACCUCAGCUUGAGCCCUGACCUCACAGAAACCAUCCUGAAUCCGAUCUAAACCGAGACACACCUCAGCUUGAGCCCUGAUCUCACAGAAACCAUCCUGAAUCCGAUCUAAACCGAGACACACCUCAGCUUGAGCCCUGAUCUCACAGAAACCAUCCUGAAUCCGAUCUAAACCGAGACACACCUCAGCUUGAGCCCUGAUCUCACAGAAACCUCCCUGAAUCCGAUCUAAACCGAGACACACCUCAGCUUGAGCCCUGAUCUCACAGAAACCAUCCUGAAUCCGAUCUAAACCGAGACACACCUCAGCUUGAGCCCUGAUCUCACAGAAACCUCCCUGAAUCCGAUCUAAACCGAGACACACCUCAGCUUGAGCCCUGAUCUCACAGAAACCUCCCUGAAUCCGAUCUAAACCGAGACACACCUCAGCUUGAGCCCUGACCUCACAGAGAUGUCCCGAAAUCUGAUCUAACUAAGAUACACCUUAGCUUUACUCAAACUCCACUUCCAUUACUGUACAUAUCUACAUAAAUAAAAAACAAAUAAAUCCUGGAGAGUAGAAAAGAUUCAGAAAUCAGCUUUGUUUAUUACCUUGCUUGUUUUCAGCCACACCUCCAUACAAAAAGUCCCCCUACUGGCCAUCAGUGUUUUGAACAAUAACUGCUUUUCAUUUUCUUUUCCCUUCUAUACUAUUCUACUCGUCUAUACAUAACUCAUGAUCCACAAUUUGGAGGGUUUGCACUGAAGAUUCAAAUCAGACACCAUUAAGUGACAUUACUGUACCCUUCAGAAGCCUCCUUCUGCAGGACACUACAUGGUCCUAAAGCCUGUUGUUCUACCUGAAGCUAGAGGAAGGUGGUGUACGAGUGUUACACUAAAACAUGUCCAGUGGACACUGAAGUGACUGAAUGGAUGUUAUGUCCUGUCUGAGCUGCAGUCCUCUAAACGUCACUAACCAGCGACUUGGGAAAGAGAAAGCUUUACAUCACCUGUCAUGUUAAACUUAUUAAACCGAGACGCAGAAUGAGUUCAGCUGUGAUUCUUAAAGAAAAUCAGAAACUUAAUUCUGCAGUAACGGUGAGUAGCUUGUCUUUAAUAAAUAUGUUUUAAUUCCAAA